GAGAGGAAAGGAGAGGGAGAAAUAAAAACAUCAAUAAGAGAAUCGUUGAUCAGCUGCUUCCUGCACGCCGCACACAGGGAAUUCAGCCCAUAAUCCGGGCAACCCAAGCGAACAUGGAACCGUGGGUCCACGCUCAACCACCGAGCCAGGCCAGCUGGGCAGUUUUGUGUGUUUUUUAACGUGUACUCUAGAUGAUGUCCGAGCUGACUUCAGAAGACCAAGGGAAAUUGGGUGAGUGGGAGAGCAAGGGGCAUAGUAGCAGGUGAGCACAGUGAAUCUUAAAAACGAAAACGAUGAUUACGCAAGUGCCCGCGCCCCCGCCCCACGCCCAUAUUCCUUGCAAGCUAUAGUCACUUUGACUCCUCCUUCCGCCCCGAGCGUGGCGCAACUGUCUGACGUCAGGGACGCACCACACAGUUAACUCGGGCCGCGCAAACUCUGUGGCCCGUCUACCCGGCGCGCUGAGGCGAACGUUCUCUCGGCGCCGGAAGUCUAGGGCACGUGACCGGGUGACAGCGCUUGCUGGGCUGCAGGGCUCGCUGUAGGUGUUGCGGCACGCACGGGAUGGCGGAGGCUCCUCCUGUCUCAGGUACUUUUAAAUUCAAUACGGAUGCUUCUGAGUUCAUUCCUCAGGAGAGGAAAAAAUCUGGUCUACACUGUGGGAGUCAAAGAAGACUAGAUUCUAAUAGGAUUGGUAGAAGAAAUUACAGUUCACCACCUCCGUGUCACCUUUCCAGGCAAAUCCCUUAUGAUGACAUCUCUGCUGUUCAUCAGUACAGUUACCAUCCUUCAGGAAGCAAACCUAAGAGUCAACAGCUUUCUUUCCAAUCCUCUGCUUCUAAUAAAUCACUCAAGAACCUUCAGAAUCAACCUGUACAGAAAUUGAGGAAUGAAAAGCAGCAUAUCAAAGUCAAGAGAGUACAAAGUGUAACUGACCAGACCUCAGAUGUAUCUGGCUUAGAAAGUGUGGCCAGAUCAGAGAGUGGGACAAAGCUCAGAGAGCACAGCCCUUCUGAAAGUGAGAAGGAAAUUGUUGGUGCAGAUCCCAGGGGAGCAAAACCAAAAAAAGCAGCCCAAUUUGUAUAUAGCUAUGGUAGAGGACCAAAAGUCAAGGGGAAACUCAAAUGUGAGUGGGGUAACAGAAUGACACCCAAACCCGAGGAUGCCGGAUCUGAAAAUAUCAAACCUGUGGGGGUUAUCCACCCUGACUCUUCAGAUACAUCCUUUAGAAAAGGAGUACUGGAUGGGUCUGGGGCCAGACGCAAUGAACAGAGAAGACACUCCCAGAAAAGGCCUCCCUGGGAAGUGGAGGGGGCGAGGCCACGUCCAGGCAGGAAUCCACCAAAACAGGAGGGUCAACGACAUACAAGUGCAGGGCCCAGAAACAGCAUGGCCCCCAUUCCAAAGGAUAAUCUUAAUGAACGACCAGCAAAAUCUGCCUGCAGCAAUGGGAACUUGGCAGUUGUUAACAAGUCUUCCAGAAGGAUUGACCUAGAGAAAUGUGCUAUAAGGAGGCAGGAUCCUCAAGUUGCAUCUUUCCCACGAGGCAAACAGAACCCCGUGCUAAAGAAUGUGGAAACACACACAGGUUCUCUAGUUGAACAACUAACUACAGAAAAAUAUGAGUGCAUGGUGUGCUGUGAAUUGGUUCGCGUCACGGCCCCAGUCUGGAGUUGUCAGAGCUGUUACCACGUGUUUCAUUUGAACUGCAUUAAAAAAUGGGCAAGGUCUCCAGCAUCUCAAGCAGAUGGCCAGAGUGGUUGGCGGUGCCCUGCCUGUCAGAAUGUUUCUGCACAUGUUCCUAAUACCUACACUUGUUUCUGUGGCAAGGUAAAGAAUCCUGAAUGGAGCAGAAAUGAAAUCCCACAUAGUUGUGGUGAAGUUUGUAGAAAGAAACAGCCUGGACAGGACUGCCCACAUUCCUGUAAUCUUCUCUGCCAUCCUGGACCUUGCCCACCCUGUCCCGCCUUUACGACUAAAACAUGUGAAUGUGGACGAACCAGGCACACAGUUCGCUGUGGUCAGGCUGUCUCAGUCCACUGUUCUAAUCCAUGUGAGAAUGUUUUGAAUUGUGGUCAGCACCACUGUGCUGAGCUGUGCCAUGGGGGUCAGUGCCAGCCUUGCCGCAUCAUACUGAACCAAGUAUGCUACUGUGGCAACACCUCGCGAGAUGUGUUAUGUGGAACGGACAUAGGAAAGUCCGAUGGAUUUGGGGAUUUUGGCUGUUUAAAGAUAUGUGGCAAGGAUUUGAAAUGUGGGAACCACAUGUGUUCUCAGGUGUGCCACCCUCAGCCCUGCCAGCCGUGCCCACGGCUCCCCCACCUGGUACGCUAUUGCCCUUGUGGGCAAACUCCUCUCAGCCAAUUGCUAGAACUUGGAAGUAGUGGUCGGAAAACGUGCAUGGAUCCUGUCCCUACAUGUGGAAAAGUGUGUGGCAAGCCUCUGUCUUGUGGUUCCUCAGAUUUCAUUCAUACCUGUGAAAAGCUCUGCCAUGAAGGAGACUGUGGACCAUGCUCUCGCACAUCAGUUAUUUCCUGCAGAUGCUCUUUCAGAACAAAGGAGCUUCCAUGUACCAGUCUCAAAAGUGAAGGUAUGACUGGGAAGGGGCAUGAGGAAACUUUCUGGGGUAAAGAUGCUACAUUUAUGUGCGACAAGCGGUGUAGCAAGAAAAGGUUGUGUGGACGGCAUAAAUGUAAUGAGAUAUGCUGUGUGGAUAAGGAGCACAAAUGUCCUUUGAUUUGUGGGAGGAAACUUCGUUGUGGCCUUCAUAGAUGUGAAGAACCUUGUCAUCGUGGGAACUGCCAGACAUGCUGGCAAGCCAGUUUUGAUGAAUUAUCCUGCCACUGUGGUGCAUCAGUGAUCUACCCUCCAGUUCCCUGUGGUACCAGGCCCCCUGUGUGUACCCAAACCUGUGCCAGAGUCCAUGAUUGUGACCAUCCAGUAUAUCAUUCUUGUCAUAGCGAAGAGAAGUGUCCGCCUUGUACUUUCCUAACUCAGAAAUGGUGCAUGGGCAAACAUGAGUUACGAAGCAACAUCCCGUGUCACCUGGUUGAUAUCUCUUGCGGAUUACCCUGCAGUGCUGCGCUACCGUGUGGGAUGCACAGGUGUCAGAGACUCUGUCACAAAGGAGAGUGUCUUGUGGAUGAGGCUUGCAAGCAGCCCUGCACCACCCCCAGAGCUGACUGUGGCCACCCCUGCAUGGCACCCUGCCACCUCAGCUCACCCUGCCCCGUGACUGCUUGCAAAGCCAAGAUUGAGCUGCAGUGUGAAUGUGGACGAAGAAAAGAGAUCAUGAUUUGCUCUGAAGCAUCCAGUACUUAUCAAAGAAUAGCUGCUAUUUCCAUGGCCUCUAAAAUAACAGACAUGCAGCUUGGAGAUUCAGUGGAGAUCAGCAAGUUAAUUACUAAGAAGGAAAUUCACCAAGCCAGGCUGGAAUGUGAUGAGGAGUGUUCAGCCUUAGAAAGGAAAAAGCAGUUAGCAGAGGCAUUUCAUAUCAGUGAUGAUUCUGAUCCUUUCAAUGUACGUUCUUCAGCAUCAAAAUUUAGUGACAGUUUGAAAGAAGAUGCCAGGAAGGACCUAAAGUUUGUCAGUGACGUUGAGAAGGAAAUGAAAGCCCUUGUGGAAGCCGUGGAUAAGGGAAAGAACAACAAGAAGAGCCACUUCUUCCCUCCUAUGAACAGAGACCAUCGCCGGAUCAUCCACGAACUGGCCCAAGUGUACGGCCUGGAGAGCGUGAGCUAUGACAGUGAACCGAAGCGCAAUGUCGUAGUCAUUGCAGUCAGAGGGAAGUCUGUUUGUCCAACUACCACGUUGACAAGUGUACUUGAAAAGGAAAUGCAGGCACGGCCUCCACCCCCAAUUCCUCAUCACAGACAGACAGACAAGAAUCCUGGGAGCAAUAAUUUACAGAAGAUAGAAAAGGAGGCGGUAAUUGACUACUUUGAUGUCCAGGACUGAGAAGCUCAAGAUGCACUUAGAUGAAAGAAUGAUUAGGUGGGGAUUCAUUUGCCAGCAGAUAAAUCAUGCUUAUUCCCAACUUCCUGGUGGACUUACAGCCUCUCAUACUGUCUUGUAUUGAUACGUUCAAAGCAUGAGUGUGUCAGAAAUCCCCUGUCCUCUGAUCCCUCUGUAUGAAGUGUCUUUGUGCAGCCAGAUGCUGGCUGCACGGUCACUAGAGAUUCAGUCAUGUAUUUGCAGAAGCUCCUCACACCUUCACUGUGAUUGCUCAGAGGCUUAGGACAUUGGGACUUGAUUUGGACAAACCAGAAUAUUAGCCUGAAACCCCCUUUAUGACACUUAGUCAUAGCCUCAGUUAUCCCAGUUAUCCAUCCAUCUCCUGAAAAUGCCUGCGACAUUAGAUGUACCUCGCUUUCUUAAUCCAGAUUGAUCACAGACACAAGCAAACUUCUCAGUCUGAAAUGUCAAACAUUGAAUUUGAUACACUAUAUCCAGAAUCACAUGUGUUAUGUUGAACCCAGCUAUCUUAUGUCAGUCUUUUGCCAAAAACUGUCAUAGAUAUAUCUAGUUGAGCUUAUUUUAAUGGUUCUCAGUACUAUUAGUUCUAGACCUAGCAGAGAAGUUGGGUGGCUUUAAAGAAUUCCAUGUUUUAGACUCCAGGGAGCACCUCAUACCACAUCACUGAGCGUGUCUGGUGACAGUCACUUCAGCAAUCCACCAUGAUGGCCGAGAACAAGCUGCUCCUGCCACGUUCACACUGUGGCCUCAAUGUAUGACCAGAGUAGCCCCAAAACCUUCUCUCUGGCUGAGAAAGAGUCUCAGGUAGACUUAUCUUGCCUGUGUUGCUUUCUCCCAGGCCUUCAGCAGCCAUAUUAGCUCUCCCUAUGUCUGAGCGCCGAACUUCUGUUUGAAUAGUCAGAAAAGUAUGUGGACAGUCCAGGGCUUAUCUCAGCAGCCCCUGGAGGCGUACUUCAAGCUCCUUUAAGGCAGGUGCAUUACCAGUUAUAUUACCAGUUUGGCCCUCCCCAUUGGCACCCUCAGCACAGAGGCCAAACUUCCAACUUCCUUCUGCUCCAAAACAAGCCACAAGCCCAGAGCAACAGGAGAUUUGAGAAAUGACUUUACAAAACUAGCACUUAAUUUUCACAGAGCAGGGCUAGCCUUUGGUCCAACCCAGACAAUCUGCCUUGAAAAGCAUCAGGUACAGCUGUGGGAACAGAAAAUUGGAGGAAAGAGAUGAUCUGUAAAACCACCUUAUGUGGGCCCAUUUAGCACAGGUUCAGUGGCCCUAUACCCAACAGGAAGCCCACAGGCAACUGUUACAUCUUUUAAUCAGUGGGUUUAGUGGGUGAACUGUACAUUGAGAGCAUCUCAGAAUCAGCAGGAGGCAGGAAACCUGAUUUCAGAUUCCAGCUGUCAUAUAACAACUUGCCACUUGGUGGAAUGGAGGUAUCAAACUACCUCACCAGGGUGGUGGUGAUUAAAUGAGAUAACAUAGGUAGAGGUACCUAAUCUAUCAUAGGUGCUGAACGUUUAUAAAAAUUAUACUUGAUAUCUGGAAAAUAUGUCAGCAUCUUUAGUCUCCAUAAUACUAGCCAAGUAAAAGGUUAGAGUGCUGAGCAUGCCUCUUCAGGUGAAUACUUGUGUGCCUACUUAGCACCAGCCUUGUACUAGGGCUGUGGGGAGCAGAUGUGGCCUGUUCUUUAGUUAGUAAUCCAGUAGGGGACACAUACCUGAAUAUAUAUAGUGGAAUGGGUUGGUCUGGCAGAAAUCGUUCAUUAGUCUUAUUAAAAGCUGAAGUGUUAUACGAGGAGUUUUUUGUGGAUGGUAGGACUGGGUUAGCUUUCAUGUUGGGAGAAGGACCUCUGGUGGGGAAGAGAAACAGGAGGAAGCAUUUGAGCUGCUUCUAGAGAUAGCAGACUGCCAUAUGGAGAAGUAUGCCAAGUGAAGGUAAAGGGCAUGAGGCAAGCCCAGGUGUAUGGCUUGUGGUGGGUUUGAGGAAGGGAUCUCCCAGAGUGGGCAGACAACUGGAAGUACAGGUGAUGAAGCUGAAAGUGUAGGCUGGUCAACUUGAGAGCCAUGGGGGAUUCUAAGAGAACAGCUCGGCUGGAUUCAUGAUCUAGAGCUGGAGCCAGCAAACAUUUUCUGUAAAGGGCCAGAUAAUAAAUAUUUGAGGCUUAGAACUGUAGAGUUUCUGUUGCAGCUACCAUUGUACAACUCUGCCAUUGUAGUGUGAAAGCAGCCACAGACAAUACACAAGUGAGUAUUAGAACUCCAUUCUAAUAACAAUUUUAUAAAAUCA